AUGGCAUAUUAUCCCACUCCGUUCAGCUCCAAAGACAGCUUUUCCCCGUCUCCCACUAUAUCAAUAAUCCCACAGUACUCGCUCGAACACCCAAAGCAAUCCGAUGAUUUUGAUGGGAAGAGCCGGUCUGCAUCCCCGUUCUUUUCGACUAUCAGGAUGGCCGACGAGGAUCGGCCGGCACCGAAAAGGCCAAGGAACAGACAGUCACGUGGGAAAGGCUUGAGGAAGACAACAGGAUGCAUCACAUGUCGAAGACGACAUGUCAAAUGUGACGAGAAUCGACCACAUUGUGAUCGAUGUCGGAAGGGAAACCAGACUUGUAUAUAUGCAGAUCCACAUGCUGCGCAGUCUCAAGUUCCCCGAGCAGCGAACCGGCAGUCUUCAGCCUCAUCUUCAGAGGCACAGCAACGUCCAAUAUCGGAGAUACAGCAGAAAACUCCUUCUGUUCCACCAUGGCCCAAUUCCAUGGAGCAGGCAAUGAUGUACCAAGCAAGCCAGCCAGCUUCAUCUGGUACUGGGCAAGCAAGCGUCACAUCUGCCCCUUCUGACCGCUCCAACAGUCACACUUCUCUAGGACAGCGAGCACCGUCUCAAAUUGACUACCUGUUGAAUGCCCCUGUGCCCACAUGCGACACUCCUAAUCAACAGGUCUUGUCACCAGCGAUCUCCAACCACAACGGGACUUCCUUCUCGCUCAAUAGUGGCGAGCAAGGUAGAAUUUCAAGAUCUGUUUCCUCCCAACCAACAUUCAAUGUUGCCAUUUCCAAAUGGUUUGACAUGCUAGUUGGUGACACGGUCUUUGAAAAUGGUGUUCCAGACAUGGAUGCGGGGAUUGAAGACUCAUACAGUAUGGGUACUCCACGUAAGAAUAGAGCCACUAGCUUUUCCUACAUGGGUUCAUUUCAGGGCUCUCCUGCUGAAGGAGGUUCUGUUCAGGGUGCUUCCCCGUGCUCAUCUUCCAGCCCACAGCUCCUCGAGCGGAAUUUUUCCAUGAACUCUCUUACAGAAAAAUUGAGAUGGCAAUCUCCAGGACCAGUAGAACUUUCGCCGUACGAGCUUUUUCUUUUUCGAAACUUUGUCCAGCGAAUAAGCCUUUGGAUCGAUUUGUUUGAUCCUACACAGAGUUUCUCAACCUUUGUUCCUCAUCUUGCCCUACGAAAUGUUGGUCUCAUGAAGGCCAUUUUGGCCCUCUCUGCGCGGCAUAUCUCCUUGAAUCCCGGUAUUGCAGCAGAACAACCAAAAGAUCGCAAUGAUGCUCUUCAAUAUUACAACGAGACCCUUCAUUACCUCUCCAAAGCGAUGCAGUAUGAAACUUACAAGACAAGUCUAGAGUUGUUGGCUACUGCUCAUAUAGUUUCAACGUACGAAAUGCUCGACGGCUCCGGCAAAGACUGGGAACGUCAUCUUCAAGGAGUAUUCUGGAUCCAGCGCUCUCAAGUCAUCCACGGCGACUCCAAAGGUCUGAAACAAGCUGUAUGGUGGGCAUGGCUCUGUCAAGAUGUGUGGGCUGCAUUCCAAGAAAAGCGAAAGACGUUCACAUUUUGGAAGCCUGCCCGAACAUUUGCGGAUAUGAACCCAUAUGAACUUGCAUCCAGGGCUGUCUAUAUAAUCGCAAAGGUCGUUAAUUACUGCUCCCGGGAAGAGAGCGAAGCAGGAGACCUGGCGCUUCGGAUCGAGAAUGCCAGCCGGUUGCAGGAUAUGUUAGACGAAUGGGAGAGGUACCUGACAACAGAAUUUACACCACUUCCUUACGAGAGUGAUAGUGAGCACGAUGUAUUUCAACCUAUAUGGAUUCACACUCCUGCUUUUGGUGUUGCCAUGCAGUUGCAUUACUCUGCUCGCCUACUUUUACUUCUCAACAAGCCUUCAAAGGGUGGGUUUGGAGGAUUCCUCGAGCAAAGCCGCAUGAUAUCAAGAUAUGUGAACAAUAUUUGUGGCAUAGCUAUGACACUGAACGAUAAUGCCUCCAGUAUUAUGUGCUCGCAGUGUCUAUACAUAGCUGGAAUGUGUGUCCAAGAUUCAAGAAAGAGACAUGCUGUCCUUCAAAUGAUAGAUGCAUGUCGACGACGGUCAGGAUGGCCUGUUUCAUCACUCGGAGAUGAGCUACAGGCCUUCUGGGAUUCUUCCGCAGCUACUCCCGGAGGCUGA